AUGGACGAGGUCACAUAUUUCUCAAAGGCUGAACAUAUUUUUCCUCAUCUUGAAGAUGGCAAAAUUCCUACCGAACAAUUUUUGAGUGCGUGUCAGGGGAUUGCUGAUUUUGUUGGUUUCCUUGGCACCGCUUUCGCCCCGGUAAAGGCGGAUAUUAGCGGAAAUGUGACGAAAGUACGGGCGCGAUUUGAGAAAAACAAAGAAGGGCAGAAGUACUUGCAGGACUUGAUAGAUCAAGAUCUGGCCGAAAAUGGUGGGAAAUUGGGGAUUGCUACUGAAGGGUUGCUAUGGUUGAAAAGAGGCCUGGAAUUCAUGCUUCACAUGCUGGGUCAAAUGAUCGAUCAAUAUAAGGCCGGAGGGGAUCGAUCAAAGACCGAAUCAUUAGUGCAAGUUAUCAACUACGCGUAUGAACGUUCGCUGAAGCGACAUCACGGCUUUAUGUCAAAGCAAUUGUUUAAGCUUGUAAUCCACGCGGCCCCAUACCGACGAACGAUUUUGAAAGCCGUGGCACUAGGGAAAGAGGGUUUGGAUGAUGUUUGCAUCCAGCAUAUGGAGGAGCAUCGUGCCAAUUUCAAUCUGAACGUUAAUGUUCUUGUUGACUAUUAUGUAUCAAAGGGUCUCGAAACGCCUAAUCCAAAU